AUGUGGAUCAAGCUCCGCGCGGGCGAUUCUGCUGGAGUUGUUACCGCUUUCUACCGGCGUUCCGGAGACCAUGCCCUAGAUAAGGUGGAUUUUGAGUUUUUGGGAAACAGGCCAGGCGAAAAUAUUUCAAUUCAGGCUAAUGUUUUCGCCAAUGGACAUGGAAAUAGAGAACAAAAAUUGGUUCUUCCCUUUGAUCCCACCGCGGAUUACCGUGACUACAAAAUUAUUUGGAACCCGCACAUCAUAAUGAUGUACAUUGACGGCGUACCAAUCAGAAUGUUCAAGAACAAUACGGCAAUCGAAGUUGACUACACAUCAAAGGCGAUGCAGAUAUUAGCAAGCAUUUGGAACCAAGAUUAUUGGGCUACGAAUGGAGGCAGAACCAAGAUCGAUUGGUCUCACGCUCCAUUCUCAGCCCAAUUCAGGAGGUUCGACGUUGACGGGUGUAGUUCUUCUUCAACCCAGGAUCAGGAUUGCGCCUCCACGAAAUAUUGGUGGAAUGGUAAUAAGUUUUGGGAGUUGGAAGAAGGUUCACCAAAGCUUUGGUACAAAGCACUGAGGACUCUUAUUACUUAUGUCAAAUGGGAAUCUUAUUAG